GAGAGAGAGAGAGAGAGAGAGAGAGAGAGAGUAAUUGAUUACCUUACAGUCAGAAAUAACUGCUAACUGCUGGUCAAUCCUCGCUGCUUUUGGUGCAUCACCGUCCACCGGAUGGGAUCGGCUCGUGCCUCGUUGUGCGUCACGCAGGAGAAGUGGCCCGGAGACCUGGUGGGACUGGUGGGAGUCAAAAGUGUCCCCGCAGCCCGCAGCUGAGCGGCCAACAUGCGGCGUGAGGGGAGACACCUGUGAUCUGAGCUGCGGUGUUUCUUUACUGUCCUGUGAUCUCUCUUUUUACAACUUCUGCCGCUCUGAAUCGGUCUUCCCCGAACCUCCUCGGUCAGGUGAGACCCUGCUCCUCUGACAUGACCUCUAAGGACGACUCGAAAUGCCCCGCGGGGCUCGAAGAGCGGAGACGCAGUCCGCUGGAUCAGCUGCCACCGCCAGCUAACUCCAACAAGCCGUUGACGCCUUUCAGCAUCGAGGACAUCCUCAGCAAGCCGUCAGUGCGAAGGAACUACUGCCACAGCUCUCCCAGAGACAAGCUGCCCUCGGCGGGUCACAGCCUGACCGGCCGCGCGCUGCUCAGCCAAACGUCCCCGCUGUGCGCGCUGGAGGAGCUCGCCAGCAAAACCUUUAAGGGUCUGGAGGUCAGCGUGUUGCAGGCUGCAGAAGGCCGAGACGGUCUGACGCUGUACGGGCAGAGAAACACCCCAAAGAAGCGGCGAAAGUCCCGCACAGCGUUCACCAACCACCAGAUCUACGAGCUCGAGAAGCGCUUCCUUUAUCAGAAGUACCUGAGCCCGGCGGACCGGGAUCAGAUAGCCCAGCAGCUGGGUCUGACCAACGCGCAGGUCAUUACCUGGUUUCAGAACCGACGAGCAAAGCUCAAACGGGACCUGGAGGAGAUGAAAGCGGACGUCGAGUCCGCCAAGGCCGUGGGCACUGUGGCCUACGAGAAGCUCUCCAAGCUGGCCGAGCUGGAGAAGUGCGCGGCCGGAGUAAUAGGCGGGGGGACGAUUUCAGUGCAAGGCCUCACCAAGCAGGACCCUGUCCCCUCCAAGUCCCUCCACGGCACCAGCGAGAGCCCCGACUCCAGCAGACCGCACAAGUCGCCUUCCUCCCCCGCAUCGUCGCGGUACACGGACCGGCUCAGCAGCAAGAGCUGCUCAGAGGACGAAGAUGAAGAGAUAGAUGUGGAUGAUUAAGACAUUUUAUUGGUCAUCGAAACAGCCAUGUGAAGUGACAGCCAUCACGGGAUGCCACAAACAAAAACUCUGACUUUAUGAGGAUUUCAUCCCUCACUCACGGACAUGCAGCUAGGGGUCAGACUGUCCGGAAACAGUUUCACUGUUUGGAUAUGGAGCCACAUUGUUGGCAAAAGGCGCGCGCUCAUAAACGCGUGCCAUGCGACAGAGACAUUCAGAGGGACAAACUCGAGGAAGCAAACAUGCAGGUGCCCAAUGAAACACACACGAGGCUCCAGUCACCGCAUGUUUCAUGCUUUUAUUUUGAAACAGUUUAAAGAAGUUUUUAUCAGCCCGAGCUAACUCUUUACAUCUUUUGAAAUAAAUCAAAUUCUCUGACGUGAUAAUCACAGACAGAACAUGUGUAAUUAAAGCUUGUAAUAAAUAACAUUUUAAUAUAUUUAUAAUGCUUUGUACUCCCCUAAAGUGCCUUUAGAAUACACACAACCCAAAACACUGUACAGACUGUAAACUACACUGACCAUGUAAAAUAAAAGA